AUGCAUUCCUUCCAUAUCUUCUUCGUUUUCUUCCAAAUCAGCAACAUCCAAACUAUCGUAGCACAAACGGAUCAAACAGAAUCGUUGGAUUUAUCAAUAUCGAAAAUAAAAGAGGAAGAGAGCGAAUCCCAAGGAUUAUCAGUGGAGACAGAAAGUGAUGGACGAAUAAAACUGCUUGAACGGCUUCUUCCAAUCGAAACACUGAUGGAAGUAAUGGAAUUAUCAAAGCAAAAAGAAAGCACAAGAAAGAAACGACGCUGUAAUAUAUGUCAGAAGGAAGUAAAAAAUAUGAAAGAACAUAUGAUGACUCAUACCGGUGAGAAGCCGUACAGUUGUUCGAUAUGCAAAAAGAAUUUUGCACAGCCUCACAUUGUGAAAAAACAUAUGGUAAUUCAUGGCACUGAAAAGGUACAUAGUUGUCCGUUAUGCGGAAAAAGUUGCGUACGAAAAAACGAUCUGCAGACUCACAUGGUAACUCAUGACAUGAAUAGACCUGUCUACCACUGCACUGUAUGCAGUAAAGGUUUCAGAAGCAAACUCGGCUUGAAAUUGCACAUGCGGAACCAUUAA